AUGGUCACUGUGGUAGUAGGAUGCACGGUAUAGUCCGGAAAAGAAGUUAAACUUCCUGAAUUCAUACUCGAGAAGGAGUUCCAAUGUCACAAUACCGCACUCAUAAAGGAAGCUGUGUGUAAAACAGUACAGAAAUUUGUCACAAGCCUACAGGACGUCCGAUUAGCAAUCACUGUCUCCUUUCAACCACAUCUCACCGCCAACGAGAUAUCUUAUGAACAAGAAGCGGUAGCAGUAAUUGAGGUCGACAAGCCUGGAAAUUUCUUUCCUGGUGGACAGGAGCAACGAAUCAGGAAUAAAGAGUUGGAGGUUCUACGUGAAGUGGAAAAAGCAAAGCAACAAGAAAGACGUGAAAUGCGCAAACUGGCUCGCGAUGAGGAGGAGCGUAAACGAAGGAAGAUGGAACUAGGACUAAAACGACCAGGUGGGACUGUCAAUGAGAGAGAACGUAUGACAAGAGUGGCUCCUCCAUAUCCAUUCAAAGCUGAAGUUCGCAGGCUACCUACUGGAGAAAUGUAUGCUGUACGUGAAUGGGUCUACAGCUACGCAGAAAAGGAGCCAAAAAUCGUCCGACCUCAUAUACCAGUUGCUGCUGUGCAUUCUGUGGUUUUAAAAACACAGAAGUCUAAAUUCAUGAAAGAGACAGAAGAACAGAAGAGGAAGCGAAAACCUGAGGAACCGAGCCAAACUCAUGUUAUGGAAGAACUAGGAAAAUCUGAGACCAGGCUCAGAGAUGCAGAAACAUUUGGUCCGCUUAAGCUUUUACCGAGGAUCGCAAAAGAACAGAGGGAGAAGAAGCGUGAGCUUAGGGAAUCAAAAACAGAAGCUCCAACUCUUAUUUCACUCACUGCUUUAUCGCCGCAAGUUUUAGAAAAGAAGGAGCAGAAAGAACAUAGACGGCCUACUAAGGAGGUUCAAAGUUCUGUUUCACGCAUUUCUACGUACCCGAAAAUUUUAGAAGAGACAGAGGAGCAGCCGAAAAACGAGCAAAAACAGCACAGACCAAAGGCUCUUGUCACAAAACCAAAGGUUAUGGAAAAAGAGGAGCUAAAGAAGCUUGCUAUUGAUGGACCAAAAACCAAACCGGAGCCUUUCAUAUUACCUACUGAUAUUGAAUCUACAGAAAAGAAACCAGAGAAGCAAGCACCCGAACAGCCAAGCACAGAAACUCUUCUCCUCGCGACCCCAGCACCUUUAAUGUCAAAGGGUAUACAGGAAGUCAGAAAUAAAAAUGAAAUAAAGCAGACGAGUGCACAGGCUCAGCCUGUCGUUCCUGUCGCAGUCUUGCCGCCAAUGGCUAUGAAAGAAGAAGCAAAAAAGGUUGAUGUCAAACGCGCUGCAACUGAUGUUUUACAGGUCGUUCCAGCCGUAGUCUUACCGCCAGAGGUUGGAGAAGAAGCGAAACCAAUGAGUGUUGAACCCAAACGACCAGUUGAGGCUAAAACUGUUGUUCCAUCAAGUACCGAGUCAGGAAGUGCAGAAGGAGAAAGAACAAAGGAGCCUGAGCCCGGACUGCUCAAUGAGGUCCCACUUGUCGUUCCAGUUACGUUACCGUCAAAGGUAGCAAAAAAGAUCAAGCCGAAGGAACUGGGGCUCGAAAAGCCAAGCACUGGGUUCUCUCUUGUUGUUCCAUCAAGUGCAGGGCCUGGAAGUGCAGAAGGAAAGCCGAAAAAGUUUGAGACUGAACCAUCGACUACUGAAGGUCCAUUUGUCAUUUUACCCAUGAUACCGCCAGUUGUAGAAGAGAUCAAGCAGAAGAAGAUUGAGCCUAAGAAGCCAAACAUUGAGGCUCCUCCCAAAGAUUUACCGCCAAAUGCGGAAGAGACUAAGCCCAAAAAACUUGAGCUUAAGCCGAGGUUUGAGCCUUCAACUGUCGUUCCACCCAAACAGCCAAAAAUUGUACAAGAAACCAAGCCGAAGAAACGUGACUCCAAGAAGCCAAGCACAAAAGAUUCUCUCGCUUUUCCAAAGGCUGCUGGAGUGGCUAGUGUGGGAGAAGGGAGGCCGAUGAAGCUUGAGUCCGUGCAACCAGCUGUCGUUUUACCCACUAUUUUACCGCCAGUUAUAGAAGAGAUCAAGCGGAAGAAUGUUGAGCCUGGGGAGCCAAUCACUGAAGCUACAGCUGCCGCUGCAUCAAACGCAAGUGCAGAAGAAGCAGAGCCGAAGAAGCUUGAGCGUGAGCGACCGAGUAAAGCGGCUCUAACUGCGGUUCUACCCAGUGAUUUACAGCCGAAGGUUGUGGCAGAGACCAAGCCGAAGGAACUUGUACCCGAAAAGCCAAGCACGAAGGUUCUAGUAGUUCCACCCACGUUGCUACCGGUUCCAGAAGUUAAGUCCAAACAGGUUGAGCCUAAAAAACUGAGUACGGCUCCAGCUUUGUCCAGUGACCUACAGCCAAAGGUUGUUGAAGAGAUUAGGCUGAGACUUGAACCCAAGAAGCUAGUCACAGAGGUUUCAGCUGUUCCAACUACGGUCCUACUGCCAGUUGAAAAGAUCAAGCCCACAAAGGUUGAGCCCAAAAAACUGAGUAAUGAGGCUACAGCGGUCGUUUUACCCAGUAAUGCACAGCCAAAGGUUGAUGAAGAGAUCAAGCUGAAGAAAAUUGAACCCGAAAAGCCGAGCAGUAAGGUUCCAGUUGUUCCACCCACGAUGCUACCGGUUCCAGAAACUAAGUCAAAAGUUGAGCCUAAGAAACUGAGUACUGAGGCUCCAGGUUUAUCUAUUGACUUACAGCCAAAGGUUGUGAAAGAGAUCAAGCCGAAGGGACGAGUAACCGAAAAGCUCACUGAAGUUCCAAUUGUUCCAGCCACUGUGCUAUCGCCAGUUCCAGAAAAGACCAAGCCCAAAAAGGUUGAGCCCAAGAAACCGAGUACUGAGGCUCUAGCUGUCGUUUUACCCAGUGAUUUACAAAAGGUUGUUGAAGAGAUUAAGUUAAGAUUCGAACCAAAGAAACCAGGCAUUGAGGUUUCAGCUGUUUCAUCCACGGUGCUAUCGCCAGUUCCCGAAAAGACCAAGCCCAAAAAGGUUGAACCAAGUGUUGAGGCUCCAGCUGCCGUUUUACCCAGGCCAAAGGUUGUGGAAGAGAUCAAGCCGAGAAAAUUUGAACCUGAAAAGCCGAGCGAGGUUCCAAUUAUUCCACCCACUGUGCUAUCGCCAGUUCCAGAAAAGACCAAGCCCAAAAAGGUUGAGCCUAAGAAACUGGGUACUGAGGCUCCAGCUUUAUCCAGUGACCUACAGCCAAAGGUUGAAGAGACUAAGCUAAGAUUUGAACCAAAGAAGCCAGGCACUGAGGUUUCAGCUGUUCCACCCACGGUACUACCUUCAGUUCCUGAAGAGACCAAGCCCAAAAAGGUUGGACCGAGUGUUGAGGCUCCAACUGUCGUUUUAACCAGUGUUUUACGGCCAAAG